AUACAUUCAUCCAUGUUACAUGUUAACAAAAAUCAAGACUUAUUCCUAAACUCAAAAAACCAACCAAAAUGUCAAAAUCAAUAUCAACUUCUUCUCUACUUCUUCCUUCACCAUUUUCCUCAAAAAGAAAGUUAUCAAGAUCUUCAAGAAGAUGUACAAUGUUGGCGAUACUGCGAAGAGAUGCCCACGAAGAGAACCACUCCAAUGGUUCUAGUCGUGUAGAUGAGAACUUGAUAGUCCUUCGAAAGAGAAUUCACGAGAUGAAGAUGAUAGAGAGGAAUUACGAGCCCCCUUCUGAAUGGAUGGAUUGGGAGAAGAGUCUUUAUGCGGAUUACGAUUCGAAUAUUUGUGAUGCAAUGGGAUUAUUUCAAGCCCAAUUGAUGGAUACAAGGCCAAGCUUAGUUUUGGGCAUGGUUGGUCUCAUUGCAUUAAGUGUGCCCAUUUCAACUUUUGUCGUUUUGUUUCAUUUGUUAGAGUUGGCAAAGGGGAUUUUGGCUAAUGGACUACAUAUUCCUUAAAAGUUCUCCUUCAUAAUUUCUUCUUAAUUGGGAUCUUUUAUAUGUAAAUUCAUACAAGUUUUAAUUACGAAAAAAUAGCUAUAUUCUUUUCAUUCUUUGUACAAAUUUGUAUGCGUAAGCUUUACCCAGGUUGGGCAAUGCUUUUUAUUUUUUAUAGUGAGAAUUGUUAUAAUACUAUCGUUUCUAUAACUAAAUCUCUUGACAA